AUGUCGAAUUCAAAAAAAGCUAAAGUAAGACGUGCUAGUGACUCGAUAGAUAUUAAUCCUAAAAGAAUGAAAAUAUUAAAUGAAGAUAAUAUUGAAAGUGAGGAUAAUAAUAUAGUUACAAGUGAUGUAUCACUUAAAGAUAUUUCUGAACAGUUAUUAUCACUGGAACGUAAUUUAGCUAUUGAAUUAGGAAAAAUUACAUUUCAUUUACCAGUGGAAUAUAUUUAUAGUCCACUUGAAUAUGCAUUUAAUAUACACACUAUGUAUGUACAAAAAUAUUGUAAUACUGCUAAAAAAAUAUUGUUUCUUGGGAUGAAUCCUGGUCCUUGGGGUAUGUCUCAAACUGGCGUACCAUUUGGAGAAAUAAGUAUGGUUCGUGAUUGGUUAAAAAUUUGCGGACCUGUUGGAAAACCUUCCAAAGAACAGCCAAAUAGGAAAGUAACUGGAUUUCAAUGUACUCGCAGUGAGAUUAGUGGAAAAAGAUUAUGGGGCCUCUUUAAAGAAUUAUGUGGAAGUCCAGAAAAUUUUUUUCGACAUGCAUAUAUACAUAAUUAUUGCCCUAUUGCAUUAAUGAAUAAAAAAGGCUGCAAUAUUACACCAGCAGAAAUAAAGGGUUCUACGGUACAAAUAUUACAUUCUGCUUGUGACAAGGCUUUAGCUAAUACAAUUAGAAUAUUACAAGCUAAAGUUGUAAUUGGCAUUGGUGGAUAUGCAGAAAAGCGAGCACAAACUGUAGUUCAAUCUUCAAAAUUACCUGUUAAGGUUUUAUGUCUACCUCAUCCAAGUCCACGUGCUGUGAAUAAUAAAAAUUGGAGUGAAAAAGCAACAAAAAAGUUAAGUGAGUUUGGAUUGCUUGAAUGUUUUAUAGAUUAA